AUGAAGCACACGCGAGCCCCACCUGCGGGGCUCAGCCCGGCCCGCGCCUCCGGGCAACCCGACGACGCCAGCCUCGGCCCCGGGAGCGGGAAAGCGGCCACGGAGCAUCAGGACGUCAACGUCUCUUCGGCCCCCAGAACAUCCCAGGGGGCCUCGUCGAUUGUAAGAGAAGGAUGGUGGAGAGCAACAUUAACUGAUACUCCAGCCCCUGGCACUUAUCACUUAAAAACUUUCCUUGAAGACGCCCUAUCAAAUCCAGUGACUACAACCUACAAUUUUAAAAAUGAGGGGAGAAAAAGACUACCUCUUGUGCAAAGAUAUUAUCCGGUGCUCACUGACCUCCCGCAGUACAUGCCCCCUGACUUUGUAGAAUUGUUAAGUAAGCGAUUAGCCAGUUACUCCUUUAAAGACAAAGCUCGCCCAAGCAUCAUCUCUGCAAUUUACAAAGAUCAGCUAGCCCAGGAGCAAAAGGUUGCUGCCACCAAGUACAUUUCCAGGGAUUUUGUGUUUCGUUCUGCAGUUCAAAGAUUCCCAACAGGCUACUUUAUUCCUCACGAAGGCCCAGGCCCAGGUCACUAUGACAUGAAAAUCCCUCCGACAACUUGCGUUACUUCUUGUUUUCAGUCUAAAGUACCUCGAUUCCUGCCUCUCUGCUCAAAAACCCCCGGCCCAGGUGCUUACACGCCUUCCAAGCAAUUCCCCAGGCAGCCCCGGACCAUCGCCAAAAUGGGCCGAGAACACAGCCUCUUCUUCAACAACACCAUCGGCUUUUAA